GGUGGCAUCCUAGAUGAGUGAGGAUCCGCGUCUCUGUUCAGUCGAGACAUCCAGUCAGCGGCGUCGGGUGUCUCAGGGAACAGUCCCGCGCUCGCUCCCGGUGCGGGGACGCUGCAAACACGAUGCGCAGGUGACAAGAGCCCGCUUCCAGGAGUUCGUCUCUGACCUGUGCCGGCUCGAGGACUAGAACAGCGCUGACUUCCCCGUGCGGAGCGCCGCAGGAGGAUGCUCUGCCUCUCCGGCGUCACCGUCACCCCACAACUCCAUGGCUACCUCAUUAGGGGUACUCUGGAGAAACAGGUGUCGGGGAAGUGACGUCACGAGCCUCGGAAACCGGAGGUGUGCGCUUUGGAGAGCAAGAUGGCAGCGAAAUCCGACGGUCGGGGGGUCGUCACCGGUUUCGCCCAGCUGCACAACCUGGACGAGACGGUGGGGAGCUGCGAGGACGACCCGCGGCAGGGCAGCUCCUUCCACAUCUGCCACUGCUGCAACACCUCGUCGUGCUACUGGGGCUGCCGGAGCGCCUGUCUGCAUUACCUCCUGGGCAAGGGGAGAGACGUCAGGCGGCCACCUCGCGAGGAGCGCCUGUGGUUGGACUGCCUGUGGAUCGUCCUGGCGCUCCUCGUCUUCUUCUGGGACGUGGGCACUGACUUGUGGCUUGCGCUCGACUACUACGUCAAGCAGGACUACCUCUGGUUCGGACUCACACUGUUCUUCGUGCUGGUGCCGUCGGUGCUGGUCCAGAUCUUGAGCUUCAGGUGGUUCGUGCAGGAUUACACGGGGGGCGGCUUGGGCGCCGUGGAGGGUCUCAGCAGCAGCCGGAGAGCCACCAGCCCAGGGGUGUACGGCAGGGCCAGAUGCUGUCGCGCGUCAGUGUGGAUCUGGCAGACGCUCAUACACAUCCUUCAGAUGGGACAAGUGUGGAGGUACAUCAGAACAAUGUAUCUUGGCAUCCAGAGCCGCAGACAAAAGGAGAACCAGCGACGCUUCUACUGGGCCAUGAUGUACGAGUAUGCCGAUGUCAACAUGCUUCGUCUACUGGAGACAUUUCUGGAAAGCGCUCCACAACUGGUUCUUCAGCUCUGCAUCAUGAUCCAGAAGAACCGGGCCGAAACGCUGCAGUGUGUGUCAGCGGUUGCGUCUCUCCUCUCUCUUUCCUGGGUUCUGGCCUCGUACCACAAGCUUCUGCGUGAUUCCCGCGACGACAAAAAGAGCAUGAGCUACCGGGGAGCACUGGUGCAUCUUCUAUGGCGUUUCUUCACCAUUUCUUCUCGGGCGCUGUCUUUCGCCCUCUUUGCCUCAGUUUUCCACAUCUACUUUGGCAUUUUUGUGGUGCUGCACUGGUGUGCCAUGGCCUUCUGGGUAAUCCACGGAGGCACCGACUUCUGUAUGUCCAAGUGGGAGGAGGUGCUAUUCAACAUGGUGGUAGGCGUGGUCUACGUCUUCUGCUGGUUUAACGUCAAGGAGGGAAGGACCCGAUUCCGCAUGGUGAUUUAUUACUCGCUGGUGCUGGUGGAAAAUACCAUCCUUACCGCUCUGUGGUACACCUACAGAGACCCGGUCACUACCGACUCCUACGCUGCGUCCGCCCUCUGCGGCGUCUUCCUGUGCUUUGCCUCCGGAGUGGCCUGCAUGGUCCUCUACUACGGGGUCCUGCAUCCCAUGGGGCCCCGGUUGAGGGUUCUGGCCAGUUCCUGCUGUGCUGAGCUUCUCUGGGGCCUCCCCUUACCACCUGAGGCCGAGCCCAUGGCUCCCACUCCGGGGCCUCGGGGCUCCCAAGCCACCCCGACCAGGGGCAUGGCUUCAGGAGACUACAGCGAGCCGGAGGAGGCCGCCACAGACACUUGUCUGCCGGUGUUCCAGGUGAGAUCUACAGAGCCUACCGAUGCGGCGGGUCGGCCCAUCCCCCCCGAGGGGCCCCUCAUCAAGAUCGACAUGCCCCGGAAGCGCUACCCGGCCUGGGAUGCUCACUUUGUGGAUCGACGUUUGCGGCGGACCAUAAACAUCCUCCAGUACAUCAGCCCCAACGCGGUGGGAAUCAGGUACAGGGAUGGACCCCUCCUCUACGAGCUGCUCCAGUACGAGUCCUCCCUGUGAAGGUGCGCGGUGCCGCUCUUUCUCUACUCUCAUGCCCUCUCUGGUUCUCCACUUCCCUUGGUGCUUUUUUCUUCAGAGUUUUUAUUUAGUUGCGCUCUCAAGCUAUAAGAGUGCAUCUAAAAGAGUCUAAACAGAGAAUAUUCAACAUAUAUUUUGACUAACACAGUGUAGAGUUGGAGAACAAAUAGUCCGAAAUACAACAUUCCCUAGUUUGGGUUACUAUAGCGUGAAUGUUCGACUAACGUGUAUGUUUGAUGGUGUUUGUGGCCCUGUCGUCUCUGACAUGUGCAUGGUGGGAAUGAUGGAGGAACAUAGUUUUUAGCAUCCUCAUUCUGAUUUCGUUUUUACCAUUUUGUGCCUACGUUUUUCCCAAACAGUUGUGGUGACAACUGAUCUUAAAGAUGGCAAAUCAGCUAGACACUAAAAAGCACAUUCGAUUGUCAGAAAAAGCACAUAAUGCCCCACUCCUUUUCUCCUGUGAUUAAGGGGGAAGAGCUUUGAAAUUAUGUCAAAUUGCGCCAAAAAGAUACAAUCGCUUUUUCAAGUAAAAUGCAAUGAUGUCAUGUAAAAAUUGGUGUCAGAUUUUGGUCUACCAUAUAACACUGCCACCACAAUUUUGAUCAUCAAGGGCCUUAAUAUUUAUCUUAACACGUUGUUUCCUAUUGAAUCUCACUAGUGAUGUGCUAUCUACAGCUCUGUACGUUGAAUAUAAUAUAUGGCCCACUAUUUUUUUAACCCAUCUAUAGUAUGUGAGAGUGCACUUUAUGGCCGCUAGAUUGAAUAAAUGGGACAUAUUUUCUUACACUACUGUAUACGCUGCUGUUCAAAAAAUUGGGCUUAGUAAAAUUUUUUUUUUUUUUUUUUUAAGAAAAAGGGAUGCAUUAAAUUGAUCAAAAGUGACAAUAACCAAACUUUCUGUUUAAAUAAUAACAGAAAUACUCUCAUUCAUGAAUUCAAAAUCCUAGGUUUCCACAAAAACAUUAAGCAGCAUAAAUUUGUUCAACGCUGAUAGUAAUAAGAAAUGUUUUAAGCGUUUAGAAUGAUUUCUGAAGGAUCAUGUGACACUGAAGACUGAAGUAAUUGCUGAUACACUAAUGGCUAAUAUAUCAAAAUAGAACAAAGUUGCAAUAAUAUUUCACAUUAUUACAGUUUUAACUGUAUUAUUUCUAAAAAAAAUGUAGCUUUAGUGAGCAUAAGACAGAAUCUUACCAAACCCAAACUUUUGACGGUAGUGCAUUAUUUAUUUAUUUUUUUAACAUAUUGCCCACUGAUGUAUUUUUCUGUGCAACUGACAGAAGCUAGAAAAAUAGAACAUUAUUAUUAUUAUUAUUAUUAUUAUUAUUAUUAUUAUUAUUAUUAUUAAGACAUAAUUCCUUACGUAAAACACACACAUAAAAUAAUAGUACUCAGUCAAACAUAUUUUGUCAUAUGUAACCCUGGACCACAAAACCAAUCGUAAAUUUUUAAAAGUUUAAAUUAAUUCAUCAUCUGAAAGCUGAAUAAGCUUUCCAUUUAUGUAUUGUUUGUUAGGAUAGGACAAUAUUUGGCCGGGAUACAACUAUUUGAAAAUCUUGAAUCUGACAAAUGUAAAUAUUGAGAAAAUCCUUUAAAGUUAUCCAAAUGAAGUUCUUAGCAAUGCACAUUACUAAUCAAAAAUUAAGCUUUGAUAUAUUUAUAGUAGAAAAUUUACAAAAUAUCUUAAUGGAACGUGAUCUUUACUUAAUAUCCUUUUUUGGCAUAAAAGAAAAAUUGAUAAUUUUGGCCCAUACAAUGUGUUGUUGGCUAUUGCUACAAAUAUACCCGUGUUACUUAUGACUGGUUUUGUGGUCCAAAGUGACGUAUAAUUUUUUUUAAAAAGUGCUUUAUGUGAUUUAAAAAAAAUAAUUGAUUUUAUUUAAAAAAAAAAAAAAAAAUAUAUAUAUAUAUAUAUAUAUAUAUAUAUAAUAAUUAAUAUGUCUAAACUAACCUCAAUGAAAUAGGUUACAUCGACAAAGUCAUUUUUGAGGUUUAAAACAUGGGUUAGAAAACAAUUUUUAAGGUAACAAUUGCUUGUUACCAUUUUUACAGUGUAAUAAUGAACAGAAAUGUUUGCAGUGUGUGGUGCUCAACUCUAACCUUUAGUACUCCUCCAUCAUUCCCUGUCCAAAAUUGCAUUUUUCUGUCCACCUAAACCUUUUCCUCAGAAAAAGGCUGAUGGUUUCUCAAAAGGUGAAGAGCCUUGACACAUUUACACGUGUAAAUGGUAUACCAUCCGCAUUCAAAAUGUACUAUACUCAAUUUUGAUAAAAGAAAAAGGUCCUUUAUUUAAAUUGUGCAAUAUUUUUUUGAAAAUGUACUUUCAAAAUGUGAAAAAGAUGUUGCUUUUGCCUGAAAUUAGCUGAGUUUAUACACCACCAAUGAAUGCAUGCCAAGGUUGCACAUAUUGACGAUUGACUGGGUUGCCAGGUGCCAACCAACGAAUGAGGAUUUCUAAUGUGCAAAAUAAUUGAAUUAAAGGGUUAAUACACCCAAAAAUGAAAAUUAACACAUUAUUUACUCAUCCUCAAGCCAUC